AUGCUAAGGUCAUCCGUUUCCAGACUUACUUCCCUUCGUAGUUUAGCAAGUAAUGCAGCUCGCAAGAAUUUGACUAUCGGUCUGAUUCCAGGUGAUGGUAUCGGAAAGGAAGUUAUCCCAGCCGGUAGACAAAUUCUAGAGAAUUUAAACCCAAAAUAUGGUUUAUCCUUUGAUUUUAUUAACCUCGAUGCAGGGUUUCAAACUUUCUUAGAUACAGGUAAAGCUUUACCAGAUGAAACUGUCAGAAUUUUGAAAGAACAAUGUCAGGGUGCUUUAUUCGGUGCUGUCCAAUCACCAACCACUAAAGUUGAAGGAUAUUCUUCUCCAAUUGUUGCACUAAGAAAGCAAUUAGGUCUAUACGCCAAUAUCCGUCCUGUUAAAUCUGUCUCUGGUACAAAUGAUAGACCAUGUGAUAUGGUCAUUGUUAGAGAAAAUACCGAAGAUUUAUAUAUUAAGAUCGAAAAGACUUAUACAGAUCCAGUUACUGGUACAAAGGUUGCUGAAGCUACCAAGAGAAUUACAGAGGUUGCCACAAGAAAGAUUGCUACUAUUGCUCUAGAUAUUGCUCUACAAAGGUUGAAACAGAAUGGUCAUGCUACUUUAACUGUUACACAUAAAUCUAACGUUUUAUCACAAAGUGAUGGUUUAUUCAGAGAAAUAUGUAAGGACGUUUACGAAUCUAACAAGGAUAAAUACUCUGGUAUAAAUUACAAUGAACAAAUUGUCGAUUCUAUGGUCUACAGAUUAUUCAGAGAGCCAGAAUGUUUCGACGUUGUUGUUGCUCCAAACUUAUAUGGUGAUAUUCUAUCUGAUGGUGCUGCUGCUUUAGUCGGUUCCCUGGGUGUCGUCCCAAGUGCAAACGUUGGUCCAGAAAUUGUCAUUGGUGAACCAAGUCAUGGUUCUGCUCCAGAUAUUGCUGGUAAGGGUGUUGCCAACCCAAUUGCUACUAUCAGAUCUACCGCUCUAAUGUUACAAUUUUUGGGUCAUCCAGAAGUUGCAAAGGAUAUCGAAACUGCUGUCGAUGCUAACAUCAGAGAAGGUAGCAUCAAAACCCCAGAUCUAGGUGGUAAGUCUACUACUCAACAAGUUGUUGACGACGUUCUAUCCAAACUUGUGUAG